ACGCAUUGCACGUGUGUUUUUGCAAAGCAGCCAGGAAGACAAGCAAGCAAGACAGGCAAGACGACAAGCAAAGCAAGACCAAGCAAGCUGUGAAGCCGAGUAGAAGCCACGAGUGAAGGCAAAGAUGGCGGGCGGGGACGCUGAGGUUGAGGAUGUGACGCUGGCUGUGGUUGAGCUGGUGGUGUUCAUGGUGCUGUUGGUGCUUGUGUUGAUGCACCUGGUGAAGCGAAGAGGAAGGCGGGCCGUCGCACCGUCAGCAAAGGCAGCAAGAGCAGCAGCAGUAGCAGGCACGGCAACAGGUGGCAGCGCAGAAGCACAGGCGCAGCUGCAAGCGGCAAUCACACGUGCCUUUGCCAACGCUGGCAAGCGGGAUGGCAAGGUUGAGCUGCGUGUGCAGGUGGCCAGGCUACCUGCUCUGGAUAAGAACUACGAGGAUGUUGUGGAACUCACGCUGCCCAUGGCCAGCUCCGACAUGGACUUGGCUCCGCUGCGGCGGCUGCCAAACUUGACAAGCUUGACCCUCACUGGCCCGCCGCUGCGCUUGGAGCACCUGCAAGUGGUGCGGUCGCUGCCAAACCUCCGCCGCCUCCACCUCGGCGGCUCCCGUGUUGUUGUUGACGCCAACAACAGCAUCACAGGCUUUUGCAAACCGAAGGAUGUGUUUGAGUUUGCACGCUCGAUGCGCGGCAGGCUUGACGUGCUCGAGCUCCCGGACAAGGCGGCAUAUGAGGUUGCGCGUGUGGUGAAGGUGUUCAAGAAGGCCAUGGUUGUCGUUGUCGCCGUGUCGCACUCGCUCGCCAUAUCGGACCGCGUCUACUUCAACCGCACCACCCAGCAGUUUGCCGCGCAUGCCACCAGCGACCACAUUUGGAACAGCAAGAAGACGUGCGUUUCGGAAAUACGAACGGACGACCACACACAGCUGCAAAUCGCAACUCACAACCCGGACAUCCCGAGCUCACACAUUGACAACCAGGUUGCGAUCAAGGUUGUUGAGGCGGGCAGGCCCGGUGAUGCAGUGAUGUGGUGCGGUGUGGGCGAAUUGGCAGACGGCUGAGACAGCGGACACCCUUGCUCUGCGUUAACAUAAUUGCACGUCGUUGUGCGGCUUGCUUGCGUGCAUGAUAAUAGUGUCGGUUGAAUAAAGAACAGUGGUGAUCACUGUUGCAUCUGCA